CGGUACCGCGCAGGUACCGCCCCGGCACCGGCCGCCGCGACGCUUCCGGCGGGACCGCGGCGGGGCCGCUGGGAGCUGUAGUGCCGCCGCGCGGGGCCCGCCGGGAGCUGCGGGGCGGCCAUGGCGGAGGAGGGGGAGAGGAAGGCAGCGCUGGAGACGGUUCAGGCAGAUGGGACAGACGGAAACUGUGUCACAUUUGUGUUGCAUGACGAGGACCACACGCUCGGCAACUCCCUGCGAUACAUGGUCAUGAAGAACCCUGAUGUGGAGUUCUGUGGCUACUGCAUCACGCACCCUUCUGAAAGCAAGAUCAACUUCCGCAUCCAGACCAGAGGGACCCUUCCUGCUGUUGAGCCGUUCCGGAAAGGGCUGAAUGACCUGAUGGGUGUUUGCCAACACGUCCUCAACACCUUUGAGAGGAGCAUGAAAGAAUUCAGGGCCCAGAGGGAAGAAGAGAUGCAGUAGCAUUUGGGGAUGACAGUUCCCGUGGAUGUGUGUAACGUCUGUGUGUUGGAUUCCCUGUGUCAAGAGUUUUUAUUUGUUUGUUUGUUUGUUUUUUAAUAACUGCUUUGAUGCAAACCUCUAUUUUCUGGGAUAAUAAAGUUUAUGAAGUUUGAUGCCACA